UUAUAUACAUCGCUCUUGGACAUUCCCUUCCACCAUCCUUCUCUGCGCUCAAAUCUCUUUGCCUUCUUCGUCUCUCAUCGUUCUUGCUCUGUCUCGCCCUUUCUUCUCCUCGGCACAACCUUUCUUCCUUCUCCUCUUCUUUCCUCCUCCUUCAUUAUCUGCUUCUCGUUUUCAUCGUUCUCUUUAUCUGCCUCUCUGUUUUCUCGCUCUUUAUUUCUCGGAGAAAAAGUCAAAGAAAAAUGUCGACCGAAUGUGCCAUUCCAAUUGGAUGGGAUGUUUUGAAGUGCUUAGUCGCUCCCCUCAAGCGUGGAUUCAGCUACGUCAUGUCCUCCAAGAGCUACGCCGACAAUCUUCGGAAGGAAGUCGGGAAUCUGGAGUACGAGGCUGAGAGGGUCCACAAUGCCGCGGAAGUGGCCCAAAACAAUCUACAGAGUAUUUACAGAUGGGUACCGGAUUUUCUGUUAAGUGCUGAGACGGCCUUAGUAGAGGCGGGAGACCUGUUGGGCGAGCCCGAAAAAGCGAGCAAGACUUGCUGCCACGGGACUCUUCCCGACCCCAAUUGUCGCUAUCAGUUCAGCAGGAAGGCCAAGCACAAGACCGAUGACAUUAAGAAUCUCAUUCUAGAAAACAGUAACAAGGAGAUCUCCUGCACCGGUCCCGCUCCUGGAAAUGUCGCUGCUCUAAUUCCAGCUGGGACAAAAGACAAAGAUGUCGUCCAGUCGACCACCACAACAGCCUCCACUUCUUCUGUCGACUUCGAAUCCAGAGCUUUGAUGAUACGUAACAUCAUGGACGCUCUUGUGGAUAACCGCUAUAGCGUGGUCGGGGUUCACGGGAUGGGCGGGGUUGGCAAGUCCACCCUUUUGGUGGAUGUUGAGAAGAGAAUAAGGGAAGAAAAUUCGUUCGAUUGGGUUGCUAAGGCUGACGUGUCGCAAAAUCCAGACGUCAAGAAGAUUCAAGAAGAUAUUGCACACUGGUUGGGCCUUAGUGACAUAAAGAAGGAAGACAAUGUCAGUUUGCGAGCGAAGCUUCUGCGCGAGAGGUUGGAAGAUCUGGAGAGGAAGAAAAACAAGGUCCUCAUAAUAUUGGACAAUCUGUGGGAGCGGCUCGACUUGAAGGACGUCGGCAUUCCUUGUGGACUUGACAACAAAGUUAUAGGAUGUAAGCUGUUGUUGACGGCGAGAGAUGAACGUGUUUUGCGAAGGGAAAUGCGCUGUGACAAUGCCUUUUUCCUUGGUAGGCUGGAAAACGAAGAGGCAAAAAGAUUGUUUGAGACAAUGGUGGGAGGCAAAGUUCAAGUUGAGUUAGAACCCUUGGUGGAGGAAGCACUCCACGUAUGUGCAGGUUUGCCUUUCCUAAUUCUCGCAAUAUCGAAACUCUUUAUAGACACUAGUUACUCUGAAUGUAAGUAUGCUUUGAAACAAAUUUGGAAUGAAGAAACGGGUGAGGUGAUAAAUAAGACAUUGCGAGUGAGUUAUGAUCGUAUAAAAUGCAAGGAGGCAAAGACAUUAUUACAACUCUGUGCUGUUUAUGGUGUCUCUAAGCCCUCUUUCGAAAGCUUGGUGAGAUACAGCAUGGGUUUGGGGUUAUUUGGAGAAAAUAGCAGCAUGGAAGACGCUAGACAGAGGUUGAGCUUACUUAUCCACACUCUUCAAGCCUCCUCCUUCUUGUUAAAAAAUGGAGAAAAUGAUGGUUUCAAGAUACAUGACUUGGUUCGUGGGUUUGUUACCUCAAUUAUUUCAAGAGAUCACCCUCUUCUCAUUUUGAAAGAUAAAGAUAAGGCAGUAACAGAGUUGACGAAGGAUAAGCUCAAAAGUUGUAAGGCAAUAUGCUUUUCCUACAUUGAUUUGGAGGAGCUUCCCAAAGGAUUAGAUUGCCCCGAAUUGCAAAUCUUUAUGUUGUUCACAAAUAAUAGAUCUCUUGAGGUCCCAGAUUCAUAUUUCAACUCUAUGAAAAAUCUCAUGGUCUUAAAUCUUAGCGGGAUACAUCUCAGUCGUUCACCUUCGCUGUUUCAAUUCUUGGAGAACUUACACACUCUAUGUCUUGAUCAUUCUUCGUUAGAGGAUGUGGCCAUUCUUGGCGAGCUAAAAGGGUUACAAAUUCUCAGCCUUAAGAACUCCAAAAUUCAGCAAUUGUCAAAAGAAAUUGGACAAUUGGUAGAGCUGAGGUUAUUGGACUUGAAUUAUUGUUCAAAUCUUCAAAUAAUUGAACCAGGUGUGCUUGGAAGCUUAAUCAAAUUGGAGGAGUUGUACAUGAAUAACUUUAAACAAUGGAAUGCUGUGGACCAAACUCUACAGACUAAUGCUAGUCUUAUUGAGCUGAAUAACAUGAAGAAUCUCUACACUUUGCAUGUGUCCAUUCUCGAUUCAAGUGUGAUCCCAGAGGAUCUGAAUAUCAAGAAAUUAACCAAGUAUGAAAUUCAUAUAGGGGAAGUAUGGCACCGGUCUAGUCACAAAGGAUCAAAAACAUUGAUGCUCAAGUGGGAUCCAAUAAGUGAUAUUUUUCAGAAAGAAUGCAUACAAAGUAUCUUAGGCAAAACUGACAAUAUGGUUUUGGAUAGGUUGGACGGAAUUGAGCAAAGUAUUUGCGCAUUAUCCCAAAAAGGUUUUCUAGAAUUAAAGCAUCUAUGCAUCAAGAAUAGUCCCUCUGUCCAUUACAUCCUCCAAUCGCUAUCCCAUACAAAUUUUAAGAUGUUGGAGUCAUUACUUCUUGAGAAUCUCAUCAACUUGGAGAAAAUAUGCACCAACAAUAUCUCCUCCAAGUCCUUCAGUGCAUUAAAAGUAGUACGAGUUGAAUGUUGUCACAAGAUGGAAGUUCUAUUUCCUCUUUCAUCGGUGAGAGAACUUCCACAACUGGAAAAGAUAAAAAUUGUCAAUUGCAUGUCAAUGCGGGGGAUUUUAGAAGUUGAUGAGAAUGGCAAAUUUGAGUUGCGUAAUUUGCAUGCAUUGAAAUUGCGUUACUUGCCAAAAAUCAAGAACUUUUUUACCAUUGGGUCAGCUCCAUCAAGUAGUACAUCAGAUGACCCAGUAGCCACUCAAAUUGCAUUCUUCAAUGGACAACAGGUUGCCUUUCAGAGAUUGGAGACAUUGGAAAUCAGUGGCUUUGAUAACCUCGGGUUUAUAUUUUUCCUAUCCAUGUUUAAAUCUCUCACACAACUGAAAAAACUAACCGUAUCAGAUUGUGAAAAGACAGAGACAAUCAUUAUGGAGGAAGAAGGGUUGGGAACAGAAACAUCAGAAAUUUUGGCAUUCCCGACACUAACCCAUUUACACUUAGAACGGUUGAAAAGUUUGACAUGCUUCUCUUGUGGAAAGUGUAAGAUUGAUAUUUUGUUUUUAUCACAGAAGAUUGUCUUGUAGACAUAUUUUUCCCUGCAAUACAAAAGGUGAUAUUAUUUUCAUCCAAUGAAUUACCAAUGAUAGGUGCACAAGAAAGUCAAAAUCAAGAUCACAUUAGAUCACUUGCCACUGCACU